AUGGCCAACCUAAUCAACACCUUCUUUUACCCUGUUUCGCCGGUCAUAUCCGACAACAUCUUUUUCACAAGCGGUGUAACGAGCCUGAACGCAAUCUGUGCUCUCAGUCUAACCGAUCCUAAAGACGGUAUUUUACUCGGUCAGCCCAUAUACGGCUCCUUUGACGGAGAUCUCUCCGUUCCUUCCAGCUGCAAAUUGAUCUACACUCCCUUCCAAGGGGACGAUCCAUUCAGUCUAAAUGCUGUUACUCGGUAUGAGGAAGCCUUUUUAAAAGCACGAGAUGAGGACGGGGUGUCAGUCCGGGCUCUCCUAAUCUGCAACCCUCAUAAUCCGCUGGGUCGAUGCUACCCCCGGGGGACCCUAGUGGCGCUCCUACAGUUCUGUCAAAAGUAUCAGAUCCACCUCAUCAGUGAUGAAGUGUAUGCGUUGUCAGUUUACAAAGAGGAUAGUUCCAACGAUGGAUUUAUUUCAGUUCUAUCAAUCGAGCCAGCCAGCAUUGGGGUGGAUCCAGCUCUGAUUCAUGUGCUGUACGGGAUGUCGAAGGAUUUCGCCGCGGCUGGUUUACGACUGGGAUGUUUGAUCAGCCAGAACCAGAGGUUCUUGCAGGCGGCAUUAUCCACAAGCAUUGCUACUAUCAUCCUCGAGGAUCACUCUUUCAUGAAGACCUUUUUCCAGGAAAGCCACCGAUUACUUCGUUCGCAUCGGGAUUUAGCGACUCAAGUCUUAGCAGGGGCGGGAAUCCCCUUUGCUCCCGGGGCGAUUGCUGGCUUUUUUCUAUGGAUUGACCUUUCCAAGUGCUUAGAUCCUACACUCAUCGCUGAUCAAGGCGGCUGGGCCGCAGAGUCGGAUCUAUCCCACCGGUUACUCCAGAUUGGGGUGAAGAUGUCGUCAGGUUAUGCUUAUCAUAAUGAGGUUCCAGGCUGGUUCCGCAUUAUAUUUUCAGUGGAAGUGGAAACCCUGAAAGAGGGUUUGUCAAGGAUUGUCAAGUUCUAUCACAGCUCCGGUGGAUCAUCUUAG